GCAUGAAAAGUAAGUUACUGCGAAUAGUAUGCGUCUACGAUGAAUCAGUCAGUGGACAGUGGUUGUAAGAGCGCGCAAGUCCCUGUCUCGAGCUUUACCAUUCAGUCCAUUCUAGGCACUGCGCCGGAGAACACGUGGAAAGACUCGAGCUCAGCGCAGAGGAGACGCACACUAUCCGUGUCUUCGGAUGAGUGCAGUGGUGAAGAUGAUAGUACCGACUACUUUUGCUCUGGUACUGGGGACAAUGAAUCAUGCAAGCCACACCAUUCACUCUCUUUACCAUGCCUCAAUGCCACGCAAGCGAUCAAAAGUGUAGUGGACGGAAAAGAACAUAUAACUCAGGGUAUACUGCAGGAUUACAAAGACAAUAAAGAAAGACAGUGUACGCAACGAUCAUCAAGUCCAAGUGAAAAACACGUGGACGUGGAUGAUAAACAUAGUAACUCAGCAAAGAAAAAGACGCGGACAGUGUUCUCGAGAAGCCAAGUGUACCAACUGGAGUCCACGUUCGACAUGAAACGUUACUUGAGCAGCUCGGAGCGCGCGUGUCUAGCCUCGAGCUUGCAACUGACAGAGACACAAGUCAAGACCUGGUUUCAGAACCGGCGAAACAAGUGGAAACGCCAACUGUCAGCCGAGCUUGAGGCCGCGAACAUGGUCCAUGCCUCGGCUCAGACUUUGGUUGGGAUGCCACUCGUGUUCAGGGACAACGCCAGGCUAAGGGUGCCGGUUCCGAGAUCUGUUGCCUUCCCGACGCCUCUUUAUUAUACGGGAAGCAACAUACCAGGGUUACCUUUCUACAGCCUUUACAAUAAAGUCGAUUAUUAA